GAUUUUGCUCAGAUUGAAAUCUCUUUUUUAUGUAGAUUCCGUCAUUCUGCACUAUCCCUGUGGUGGCAAAGUUAAUAUUAUCGACGAAAAGAAAUUCAAUAUAAAUCCCUGUGCAAAUGUUCAUUAUACACAUUAUAAUAAUAAUAUAUUCCCUUUGUCAUUAACAAAAUGACUACUUCGUUGAACACAAUCUCUGCACAAAUGGUAAUCGCUUUCGGAACUAUGAAUGGGGAGACUCUGCCGAGACAUCCUGAUAAGUUCUUCUUCAUGGUUUUGCCAAUGCCUACAAGGGAUGAGAGAUGGGUUUGGAUUGAUCUGCUGGCACAUGUUCGCGCUAUAUAUAUUCCAAUCGCGUAUUCGGCAUCAGAAGACUACCCGGACCUUAGUACUUGGGUGCAGAUUAACUUCGCCAGAGAUCGAACCGUGCCCGUCUGGCACGCUGGUUCGGAGUUUGAGGAUUAUAAGACCGACAAGUUGACAGGUUUCGGCAUAAAGAAGGAUCGGACCCUUGGACUAGACUUCACCGGGCUUGUGGAGUUGCUCAGUAUUCCCCGUCAAUUCCGCAAAGUUAACCCUUAUUCAGGAAAGCUCAUUAGAAUUGUUCCUGACAAUUGGGUGAAGACGGUGUCAGUGAGCAAGUCUUACAGAGAUGCCGAUGAUAUUAGUUGGCUAGCUAUCCAGAAAGCUCAUAACAGGGUUGACUUGAUGUGGAAGUCUGUCGAAAAAACUUUCUGGAUAGAAAAUUUCACCAAGAAUGCAAUGGUGUUCGCUAUUGGGUGGAUCCCUGGCCCAGGUCCCUUUAUGGCCAUUGCAUUCUCCCUGACUUGGACUGCAAUCAAAGAUGAGGAGGCAUUCUGGAAUGAACUUAGCCUCUGGGCCCCCGGAGUUCAGUUUACGCAAUCAUUUGGGAAGACAUGAAGAAGGGCUUUGCUGAGAUAAGGGAGUCAUUUAUUGACCCGAGUUGGCUUGCCUCGGGGAAGGAGGUGAACGUUGGGAAGCUCAACGCUAAGCCCUAACCCGUGGUUAAGGUGAUCCUGGAUGAAGCUAAGAAGGUUGAGAAGGAAACCAAGGUAGGGAAACCUCCGGAAGGCGAGAAGGUUGAUGACCCAGACGGAGGAAUGGUUCUUGGAGUUGCCGAAGCAGAAGAAUAAGUAUUGAAGAAUUAGAUGUAAAUACUGGGUUACUGGGUUUCUUAUAUUUUCAGGCCUGUCAACUAAAACAAAGCACGUAUUUCUGAUGCCGCGAUAAAUCGGAUUCCAUGUUGUCGCUUAUUGUAUAAACCGUUUUUGUGUCAAUGGAAGACCGGGGGGGGGUCCGAGUCUCCAUAUUAUUAUAUUCAGGGUUUU